AUUCCCGUUCAUAUUCAUAAUGAAUGAAUCCCAGGUAAAUAAUUUCCUACGUUGUCUGCUGCAUAUCGAUGACCUUAAUUAUUUGGCAUUGCAUGCACACGCCACCGUUAGAAGUGCUUUGAAUUCCAGUGAGACACAGCAUUCACAAUCAUCCCAAAGUAUUAACCCUGAUCCGACCGAUCAUGAUUAUGAUGAAUCAAGUAGUUACGAUGUCUUAGUCGCUAAAGUUACAGCCAUGGUAGUACUUUUCUGCGCGAGUACGUUAUGCGGCAGUAUUCCUUUUGCACUCAAUAAAUUUUUUCAUUGGACAGAGGAACAUACCAAUGCCCGCUCAGCAACAGUUGUUAAAUGUUUGUUAUAUUUUGGCGGAGGCGUGUUGUUAGCCACAACAUUCCUGCAUCUUUUGCCCGAAGUACAGGAGGCAGUCGAGCAAUUGCAGGAGUGCGAUAUAAUUCCCGAUUUGGAGUUUAGUCUAGCGGAAUUGCUUAUGUGUAUCGGUUUCUUUCUCAUGUACUUAAUAGAGGAAGUUUUACACACAUAUAUACACCAACAUAUGCGUCUGAUGGGCAGUGAUGCUGGUGCCGGUGCAGCUUUCGAACGUGGACGUAGCAUACGCAACAGUUAUUUAGUGACGGGUAAAACAGCUGCCAAUGAAUCAACAGAGGAAGGUGUUCAUAAUGAGGAUACCCAAAUAGGCCUUACGAGCACUUCCAACUCUCCGAGUGUCUCAGAAAUUAAUGUUGGAAACAUUGUAAGUGUACCAACCCUUUCAAUUCAAAACUUGAUAGCCAAUGAUGUAGAGAAUCAAAAGUACAACAAGCAAGCUCAUAAUAAGGAGCCACAGAAAUAUGAACCUCAACAAACACACUACCAUCACCACCACCACCAUCAUGACCAUCAACAUCAACCCAGCCAAGACCAAGCUCUUGGUCAUUCACAUGUGCCGGUUGGCAAUGCUAGCGAUAGUAAAGAUGCGAUCACAUCGUCUUUACGAGGGCUAUUCAUAGUGUUAGCGCUAUCGUUGCAUGAACUAUUUGAAGGUAUGGCCAUUGGUUUAGAAAGCAAUGCAUCGGAUGUAUGGUUUAUGUUUGGCGCUGUAUCCGCGCAUAAACUGGUGCUGGCGUUCUGCGUUGGCGUCGAGUUAAUUGUAGCACGCACUCGUUUUGUGCUCUGUGCAGUAUAUGUGUUGACAUUUGCUAUAGUAAGUCCGAUUGGAAUCGGUAUUGGCAUAUUGAUCAGCCAUAGCGAUGGUAUUACAUCACCUAACAUACCCUCAGCCAUAUUGCAGGGAUUAGCUUGUGGCACACUAUUAUAUGUGGUGUUUUUCGAAAUUUUGUCGAAAAAUCAUUCCGGCCUGGUUGCUUACUUCUCGUUGUUGGUGGGAUUUCUAAUCAUGUUCGGGCUACAACAGUUGGGUAAGUAG